AUGCAAUUGACAACCGAAUGUCUUAAAGCUCUUAAAUCCGGUGCCUUUUGGGAGAGUACGGACACACCCUCACUCCACAAAUAUUUAAAGUUUCGAUUACAUGAAGGAAACCUUGAAGCUGAGGAAACGGAGCAUCUUCGAUACAAUAGUGACCUAAAUAUUAUCAGCAAGUAUUAUUCUGAAUCGUCUGAAGUUGGGCAGAAGGUUCUAAAGUGGAAACAAGAUUUCAAGAUGAGAGGCUUGUGCCGUCACCAACUACCAUGCUGGUUUCGUACUGGCAUUGGGAAAGGUUUCGUACUUGUUGGCGAGCAUGCCAUAAAUUGCGGUGUGUUAGUAUGUAAAUUAUUUUGCAUUGUCACCGACUACCAUGCUGAUUUCGUACUGGCAGUGGGAAAGAAUGAUAAAAACUCGUAUCAAAUAAAUAAUUUUUGGGAUCUGCAAGUUAAGAGAAAUAAUAUUGAAAUGGAGAUUAAGUUACUUGAGAAGGAGCAAAACAAAAUGGAAACUCAGAUCUGCCUUGAACAGACCCAUCAUAUUCUGGAUGUGACAAGAGACACCCGAGAACAGGGCUUAUUAUUACGAAAGACAAUUACUAAUAAGUUUGAAAGACGCGUUUUGAACGAUAGCUUGGAACCUAGACAAAAACGAAAAAAAAAUCUGUCGUUAUCAAAGAAUAAAGGAUCAAAGAAGACCAAAUCCUCCAGCAGGGAUGUGGAGGACGAUGAUUUCAUUAGCAAUAAUAGAGCCGAAGGAUCUACACGUUCAAAGGCUACAUCGUCAUUAUCAGGUUCACUAUCCUUGGAAAUGCCAAUUGAGACAGAAAGUACAGGGUCUAGCAGAGGAGCUACGGAAAUGACUUGUGAUAUGAACGAUGUUAAUAGUUCCGGGUGGGAUAUACCACGUACUCCGCCUCAUCAAAUUUGCUCUACAUCUAAAAAUCAAGACUUACUUAAACGAUUAAGGCAAGAAAAACAGCGAGUGAAAUCCACGUAUGAACCAAUCUGUUCAAAUAUAAUUGACACAACAAACAAGCCUUUAAUGGAUAGAUUGAAAAUCGAACGUGAUUAUACAUGGGAUCCUUUCACUAAUGAGGCUACAAAAUAUAUCGAUGAAUUAAUCGAUAAUUCUGAUACUCGCAAUAAAUUCCGUAACAAACUUCAACUUCCAUUUGUUUUACCAGAUGAAACGUAUUCAUUUAGCAAACUCUAUGAAAUACAUUGGGUCCAUCGUUUUGCUGACAAACUAUCAUUGUUUUUUGAAGCUCCACGAAAUCCGCUCUUGGAUAAAAACUCUGAAGGUUGGCUGAAUUGUCAUGUCUUGACUCCGUUGAUUGAUGAUUGCUUUUUGACAUGUGAAGAAAUUCAAAUUCAUCGAGGUGAAGAGAUAUCGUUGGCAUCUACUGAACGUAAAAACUUAUUAAGAGAUGAGUCAGAAAAAAAAAAAUCUGAACCCAAAAUUGAUAUUCUAUUUCGUAUUGACGAUGUGGAAUAUUUCGGUUCAGAAACAUACGUUGACGAAGAUCCACAAAACUCCAAACCGAUUUCCUGCAAGCAUAAAAUUUUGCGAGAAAUUAAGGAUCAACUAGACCGUUUCUUGAAGAAGUUAAAAUUUACAAGGGAAACAAUUAGAUGGAUAAAGAACAUUGUUGUACAUGGAAUAAAUCAAGGAGGUAGUUAUGGAGAAAUUCUUGUAUUGAUUAUCUUUCACUCUUGGCUGAGACCCAUUCUUUACAUUCAAGGUUUUAACGGAAAGAUCUAUGCAAUGUACUACGAUAAUGACCUUCAACAUUAUUUCGUCUUUGAGACAUGUCGAUAUCGGAUCGGUACUACGUGGGGAAGUAUUCCGGAAAGUCUCAUGUCUUUAAAAGAUAUUCUGUGCUUAAAGAAAGAUAUAAACAAUGUUCUUGAUACUGUUAAGAAAAUAAAAUUAAUUACUUUACGCACAAAACUUGAGAUAUGCGAGACGUGGAUUGGAGGCCCAGGUUUCGAUAUCUGA